GUCAAAACACAAGGUGCUCUUCAUGCAUUUUUCAAUAAGCACAAGACAAGAUGAGUGACAAUGCCCCCAAGCUUUGCUCGGCCUGCGCCGCCAUCAAUUUCGACAAGCUCUUCUUUCCAGACACUGCCCCAUUCAAUCCCGGCCUCAGACCGCCUCCGGAUCCUUGUCUGGGUACACUACAAGAAAUCUUGGAUCGCUCGAUAGAAUGCGAUGUCUGCAAGCUCAUCAUCGAAGCCCAUCGCCAACGGUAUAUACGAGCGCCCUACGGCUGCUCGACGUAUCAUCCCGAUUUCAGAAGUGAAGUCCCUGGCGAGGAGCCUGAAAUCCACGAGGAAGUCAAGACACAUGGGCUGCGACUUACAGUCAACAAGGAACCUAUCAAAUGUUUCCUUGAAUCGCGAAAUUUCUCCUCGGACAGAAUUUUGCCGGAUUCAGAGGAUGGUCUUGAUCCGGAGACUGGAGGCGUGAAUCGUGUUCUGCUCAGGCUAGAACCACGUCCCUGGAUGGCUAUACUCGCCAACUCGAUCACUUUGCAAGCUGUUUGGCCAUCAAAAGAGAGCCUAAGUACAAGCAAUGACAUUCCACUGGACGGUACAGGUCGAAUGAUCGGGUCUCUGCUAGAUCUCUCAAUCCCUCAGCGCUGGAUCAAGCAAUGCGAAGACCAGCAUGGGGAGGAGUGUCAAAAGCCGAAGUGGCUAAGCGAUAGCGACACCGAAUGGCCGGAGAGAUGCCGAGUGAUCGAUGUCAAGGAACGUCGGAUCGUUGACCUUCUCCCGACCAUGCGCUACGUUGCUCUCAGCUAUGUUUGGGGAUCUAGCGAGAAGGCGAGGAAAUCACGCUUUGAAAGACGUUUGACUCGAGAGAACCUGUCACGACUUCAGCAGCCGAAUAGUCUCGGAGAGAUCUACGUGCCUCAAACCAUUAAAGAUGCAAUGUAUGUUACGGAGCAGGUCGGUGAGAGGUUCCUCUGGGUUGAUGCCUUGUGUAUCGUGCAAGAUGACCCUGCAGAUCUUGGUCAUCAGACCGCACGGAUGGAUCUGAUCUACUCCAAGGCACUCUUCACGAUAUUGGCUGCCUGCGGUGAAGACUCGACUUCUGGACUUGCAGGGCUCCCCAGUAAUCCACGAGAUGUCUUUCAACGACAAGUCAAAAUCUCAGCAAGCGGGCUGCAUGUCAUGCCCCUCGUCACUCUAUCCGAAGAAGAUACUCUCCAAUUCUCGUCAUGGAACACCAGAGGCUGGACGUUCCAAGAGCGUCUUUUGUCUAGACGCUCACUCAUCUUCACCAACAAGCAAGUUUACUGGUGUUGUGAUGGCACGACAUGGGAGGAAGAGUCACUUCUCGACAUCCCUGGAUCAACAACCUUCGCUAGAUCAUAUUCAUUCGGAUGCUACGAUGAAUGGGACGAUAACGAAGCCAAAUUCUCUCUGGAAAGCUUUGAUACGUACAUAACGCAAUUCUCUGAGCGGAGGUUCACUUACCCUUCUGAUGUCCUCCCCGCCUUUCUUGGAAUCAUUCGUCGGUUUGAGCAUUUGAACAACGAGAAGAUACACUGGGGUUUGAACGCGAGCACUUUUGAUCAAGCCUUGACAUGGAAAUAUGGACAAAAUCGACGAGAUGAGACGUAUACUUAUGUUUCUGGCGGAUCGACACGCAGCAUUCCUUAUCCUAGCUGGUCUUGGCUUGGAUGGACUGGAUUUAUCGGGGGAAGUUCGAGUCUUCGCAUCGGGGAGGACUACAGUAAGAGGGGAGUCGGAGAUAUGAAGUCGCUCCUGGCGUUUUACUCGUUGAUGAGUGAUGGGAGCGUGUCUUUGAUCAAAGGCACUUCAAUGAGGAGAGUGAAUGAUUACGGAAAGGAAGAAGACGUCAUGCCUACAGCUACUGAGAAGUCUAGCCACGAUUGGGUCGGCGAUACGAAAGUAACUGGACUGAUAAAGAUGGAUGAUGUCUCACUGGCUUCUGAGUUGGAGUCACUGUCGGUCGAUCAAUCUCAUCAACCUUCGCCUUAUGACACAGGACGGAUAGUGUUCUGGACAAGCCACGCCAACAUAUCAAUUCAAAUCACCAACCGAGACGGCAUCCACAUGGAGACAUCCGAGGGACUAGUCAAGCUUGACUUAAAGCUGUCAUCGCCAUUCAUGAAGAUAUCUUACUAUCGUUUUGAAGAAGCCUUGAACGAAGACAGCGAGCCAGGUGAGAGCAAGGUGAUGAACUUCUUGAGAAGAAAGCCCGUUGCGACAAGUCAUACCAUUAGCCUCAUUGUCAUAUCGAGGUACUAUGGCUUUUAUGAGGGUGAUGAUGAGGUGGUGAAGUUGAACGUCAUGGCUGUUGAGGAGAAGGUGCCGGGUUCAGGUGUUUGGGGUCGGAUUGGUUUUGGUGUUAUGAAGGAGGAGGAGUGGGCCAAGUUGGAUAUUAAUUGGAGAAUGGUGAUUCUUGAAUAGCUUAUCGUCUAGAUAUAGCAGAAUGCAUG